AUGCAAUCUCUCAUUUGGGCCUCUAGUAUACCUUUGUAUAUCACUCAUCCUUCUUCUACUAUACCUUACUUAAUAAACAUACCUCGAGUUUCUUACUUGGCGCUCGUUUUACCACGAUUAACAUCUUUCUUUGGGGAGAAUGCUACCAGUUUCUCUUAUGAAGGAAUUUUAUUGAAGAAUCUUCCAGUUGGUUUACUAUGUGAUCUAUAUCAACCAGAAUUACCAUGGAGGAUAGAGUUGGGAGAUGGCCCAUUAUUUGAUAUCCAUGAUACGUUUAUCAAUAGUGUGAAAGAGGCCGAUUUCAUACGCAAUGGAAAUGCAAAAGGUAUAAUGAGCAUGUCAAAAGAGAAUUCGACACAGUUAUGGAACUCGGUGCAAGAUAAUGAUUUCUCCACCUAUCUCAAGAUCUCUACCAUUCUCCUAAAUCCAGCUACCCCGCUAAAACAUAUCCCAUUGCGCAUCUAUCUUCCCUCAUCCUCAACCCCAUCUUCAACCCCCCAUCCGGCUUCUUCGAGUUCGUCGAAAGCUCCAAGUACUUCUGCUCCACCUUCACCACUCUUCACAUUCAAAACAAUACAAACUCUCAUACAACCACAAACCGCAUCUCGAGAACCUCAAACGUUAGGAGGAGCUCUGAAUAUUAUUCUUCCAAGUCUAUUCCCGAGUAGAAGAGAUUCCAUAUUAGCAGAGGUUGUGUUACAUGGGGCAACGGUUCCUUUCAAGGCGGUAUUGGAAGAAUUAAUGAGGGAAGCGAGUUAUGCGGAUGGAUGGUUGAAUGUGUGUGUUGUUAUGCUGAAUUGA